AUGUUGCGCAGGUACGGUCUUACUUGCCUGGAGGUGGAAGCGUGCGCUGCGUUGACGUCGUUACGGUGGUGUUCUUCGGCACCGGAUUCGUCCAACAUCUAUCGGCCCCCGCAUUAUCGAAAACCGCAUCAGUACUACAAACCACGGCAUAUGCUGCAGGAAGAGUUUCUGAAUGCUGGUGAUGCGUCUGGCGCCGGUAUACGUCUUUUCGAUUACUUCAAAACUGCAGAACUUGUCAAUCAGCUACCGACAAUCCAAGAGAAAAUCGAGUUUGUUAGUCCUUAUGAACGCCCAUGGACUCGUCCUGAGAAAACCUGGCGAAGGGCGUGGCACCCAUCGCUGAUGUCCACUCGUAAGGCUUGGGCGCUUCCAUUGGUUCCAAAAUACUUCGAUUGUUUGAAGUAUUACCAAUACAUCACGAAGACCCGUCUUGUUGAAUCUUCACUUGACAGUUAUUACGCUGGUCUCGUUCCUCCCACUGCAAGAUAUGAGAACGCUGUGCGAGAGAGUUUGUGCGCAAUUUUGAGGUCAGAUCGCUUUGAUGAGGAAGACAAGCGAGUUUCUGCUAUUCUAUCCUCUCUUGUGGAUGAAGCCAUUUUUAGUGUGGCCCACAACGUUCCGCGCCUCGGUGACUAUAGGGUUGCUUAUGAUGUCCAGAGCGAAUCAUUCUGGAUCCGUUCAGGCUUUAUGUUUUUAUACGACACGAAACCUAUCGGUAGUGACACCGUGGUAAGAAACAUGAGCACUGCUACGAAGUUUACUGGUGAUGAUAGACGCAAGUUGGGCGAACUAGCAUUUGUUUCCCGUGAUCGCCUCGCCGUCCAGUUGAGAUCAAGACAACCCCUCGCUCCCUUGCACUCCUUAGAAAGUGAGGAAGCCUGCCGUCCAUUGUUUCCGGAAGAUGUCGACGUCAAUAAUGAUGUCUUAUUUUCCCCUAAGGUAAUGAAUCUCUGGCCAGAUGAAGAUCCUUUGUGGCAGUGUCCUGGAUACUUUGUCGAAUCAGAGGAAACUCAUAUGGUUGGACGUUUUGGUGCUAAAUCGUUGUCGCUGCUGGACCAAGAAUGUAGUCACUGGGAUGCUCCAGAAGAAGAGAGUAGGCAAAUGUGGCAUGAGUCAGCGAAAGCGCAAGCCGUAGCAUCCUUGUUCACUACACUUUGUGCUCAGGCUCACACUGCUGGCUUUACUCAAUAUACCGAUGUAACGCGGCCAUUUACCUCUCAAAUUAUGCUUUCGAACGGCAUCGACUUCAUCUUUGCUAUUGGGCAACUCAAUACUCUCGCCAUAAACAUUGAGUGCGAUGGUUUUGAAAACCCGAGGACAAACCUAUGUUGUGUGGAGCCUCCUAUAAAGCUGUAUGAUGACUAUAGAGAAGGAAAAUUCUAUCAUAUCACACCUGAAGGAGAAAAGGCUGGGCUUAACUCGAAAGUUUUGUUGAGAAUUCUGCAGAUGUUAUUACGGGACUAG